AUGCCACAGAUUAAUUUAGAGAUCCAACUUACAUCCACAUUACAAGAUGCGAUGGGCGUAGUGAUUACUUGCUCUUUGGUUAUGAGUUAUGACAAUGUAAACGGACUAUUAUUUUUAUCUUUAACAUUAUUUUUAUUCUGUUAUUAUUUUCAUUUUCAUGUUUGUUAUUGUUUUGCAAAGUUUUGCAUUGCUGCUACAAUUAUGAUGGAAAUUAACUCAUUUUGUAAUAAAUAUAAUAUAUGCGUUAUAUGCUUGAGUACAGAUCGUAAGCUUCGUCCUGCUGUGGACACAAAAAUUAUAACAAAUAUUUCAAAAAUAAAGUUUUCAGACACCUGUAAUGUGUGCUGGGAGUGCAAUGCUAAUGUGAGAAGUAUUGUAUCAUUUAGAAAUAAAGUACUGAAGGCUCAGUCAAUCAUCAAAAGUCUGUUUAAAACUAGAAUGGGUGAGACUCUUAUACCGAGUCUGUCACAGCUGCAGCAAAGAAACAUUGAAAAUGUUGGAAUAAAGCCACUAGAUGCUGCGGUUCCAGAUUUCAUUUCUACCUUUCAUCAGUCAAAUCUAACAUUACCUGGUAUUGAAGAAAGAACAGAGUCAUGUAUAGCAGAAGAGGUGUCGUCUCAUGGAGUGGAGAUCAAUGGAAUUGAUAUUCCUGAUGAUGAUGAAAUAUAUGUUGUAUAUGUAGAUAAUGAAGGUGAAAAUAAUAAUUCCAAUGAAAAUGAACAUCGGAAUAUAUACAGAGUAAGAAUUAUGGGUGAAGAAGAAAUGAUAAAUGACAGAGAGAGUAGAAGAAAGAGCAGCAGAUUUAUUAAAUGCACAUUAAAGUGUGAGGAGUGUGUUGAAAUAUAUUCCAAUAAGAAGUGCCUCAAUCACCAUAUGAAGAAACAUGAAAAGACUGCCGGUAAAUUUGUUUGCCCCAUCUGUACCCAAAGGUUUCUCGUUCAAUCUGAAUUAGAGGAACAUUAUACGACACAUUAUAGGUAA